AAUCACUCUUGUAGGGUAACGUGAAGUGAUUUCCCAGCAUUUUUUUAACACUGGCCAGUUGCUUCUGUGGGGUUUGCAUAGAGAAGAGGAUCAGACACAAUAAUGGCGGUCAGGAUGCGACUCUUGAGAACAGAGGGGUUCAUAAUUCUUUUUAUAUUAAUUUUGGCCCAAGGCUUUCACUACUCCAGGACAUGUGAUUGUGACCAGCAAUAUUUUUGCAACUGUUCCUCAAAUCAUCUCCAACAGGUCCCAAAAGUUCCAGCGAAUGCUCUUGGCCUUGACCUGUCUUUCAAUCAAAUUGAGUCUAUAGACAUGUAUGAUCUUAGCCCAUACAGUGAGCUGAAAACUCUAAACUUGCAUAAGAACAAGCUCAAGUUUAUACACAAAGAGGCUUUCAAAUCUCAACAUAAGCUGGAAGUUCUUGAUCUGUCCUUAAACAACCUGAAAAAUCUGUCUUCGUCUUGGUUCCACGAGCUAAACUCUCUUCAGCACCUGAACCUAGUAGAAAACCCAUAUACCACCUUGGGACCUGCUCCCAUCUUCCAGUCUCUCCUUAACCUAAGGACGCUGCGAUUCGGUAGUCCUUCACUAAGGGAGGUAUACAAGAAUGGCUUAGAUGGACUCACUCAUCUGGACGAGAUGACGUUCGUUGGCAGUAAUCUGAGGUCGUAUGAGAACGGGAGUUUAAAAGCAGCCCGUCCCAUUGGUUUAGUCUCUUUGAGCCUUCAGAAUCUAUUUCAGAACAAUCCAGAAUUAGUCUCUAAGGUUCUUCAAGAUGUCUCCCACCCUGAAACUCUGCUGAUAAUCAAAGAUGUCGCACUCAGAACGAACACUUCGACAGAACCCUUUAAAGCGGCGAGAGAAGGUGGGACUAAAAGCUUGAGUUUCCAAAAAACCACCACAACUGACGAAGCAAUGACCUCUUUAUUGAUGGUCAUGGAUGGUUCUUCUUUGUCAUAUAUUGGUCUUGAAGAUGUCCAUUUGAUUGGCCAAGGGUGGUGGCAGAAAGCUUCGUAUACACAUUAUGAAAACUUACAUACAGCCUACAUACGUAAUCUCGACAUCCAAGGGUUUUUUGGGUUUAGUAGCAUGAUGCAGUUGGGAUUUAUCCUGCUCCAUCUCCAUAAGGUGUCCGUUAUUAACGGCACAGUGUUUGUUAUUCCACAGCAAACUACCCCACUGUUAAAAAAUCUUGAAUAUUUGGACCUUAGUCAGAAUCUCCUUUCAGACCUGACAAUUGAACCGACCUUAUAUACAGGUUUUGGUGCAUAUCAAAACCUCAACACUCUUAAUGUGAGCCAGAAUGUUUUAAAAUCUCUUGGACUGAUGUCUCGAUUGGCCACUAACCUUAAGAGUCUCACAUAUUUAGAUUUAAGUCAUAAUAGUUUUGUUUCUAUGCCAGAAAACUGUAGCUGGCCAGCGACUCUUAGGUUUCUGAACCUUUCCAGCACAAAGCUACGUAAGAUGACCCCUUGCCUGCCUUCUAGCUUGACGGCCCUGGAUCUCAGUGAAAAUGAUCUGAUGGUGUUCCACCAAAGAUUUCCCCAACUUACUAUGCUUAUACUGACAGGCAACCGAUUUAUGAAACUGCCACAGGGGGAAUUAUUUCCAAGGCUGCAGACACUGCUUAUCCAAAGGAACGCCUUGCGGAUGUUUAAUGGCAGUGAUUUGAGGAGGUUUAAAACCUUACAAUAUUUAGAAGCGAGUAACAACAAUUUUGUGUGCUCCUGUGAGUUUGUAUCUUUCUUCAGACAGGGUGUUGACCAUUUCAUCACGAUAAGGGAUGGUCGUCGCAAUUAUGUGUGCGACACUCCAUUCACUCUCAGAGGUGAUGCUGUUGACAGUGUCCGAUUGUCAGUUUUCGAGUGUUACAUGAUCCCUGCUGUCUUAGUGCUUUGUUCUGUGAUUAUCAUAGUCCUUGGACUAAUUGUUGUCACCUGCUAUAAGUUUCACAUUAUAUGGUACCUGCAGAUGACUAAAGCAUGGAUACAAGCCAAACGAAAACCUGCAGUUGGUCGACUGGCCGAGGAGCUCCGCUAUGACGCUUUCGUAUCCUACAGUCAACAUGACGCUGAGUGGGUCGAGGAGAUCCUUGUUCCAGAGCUGGAGAGCGCUCAUCCUCCGUUUGCCUUGUGUUUGCACAAACGGGACUUCCAGCCGGGCCGCUGGAUCGUGGACAACAUCAUCGACUCGAUUGAAAAGAGCCAUCGGACUCUCUUUGUUCUGUCUGAGCACUUUGUUACCAGCGAAUGGUGCCGCUAUGAGCUGGACUUCUCACAUUUCCGCAUAGUCGAUGAGCACAAUGACUCCGCCGUCCUGGUACUUCUUGAGCCAAUCAAGAAGGAGACCAUUCCCAAACGUUUCUGCAAGCUACGGAAGAUUAUGAACUCCAGGACGUAUCUGGAGUGGCCCGAAGACGAGGAAAAGAGAAGUGAGUUCUGGAGCAAUCUGAGAGCUGCCCUACAAAGAGAUGAAUGAUGAAGCAAAACUAGCCCAAUUACCAAAAAAACUGGCCGAGUACCAAAUCUCAAUGUCUCUAUGAUGCAUUUUCAUAUUUACUUUUAUUUGUAGGC